UUUCUGAUCCUUCCUUUAUCAUCUCGGGCAAAUUGAGAACAUAGGAGGUUCAGGUGGAUUUGCUGGUUUCCUCCACUCUCUUCAUCAUGCCUCUCAUGAUUGAUGGACAGCUUUAUCAUCCCAAGGAGAAUGUCAUGCAAUUGGUUGAAGAUUAUCCAAAAUUUAAGGAUGAAGCAGCAGCUUUCUGCACCAAACCAGUGCACCAUUGUGAAGCUAUAGAUCUUCUCUAUGUUAAUCAGAGGGAAUAUGCUGUGACUAUUCCAAGUGAUAAUAUUGUUAAGAUCCUUGGUUCUGAUGAUGCCACUACUUGUCACAUCAUUGUCCUGCGUCAUUCAGGGAGUGGAGCCACAGCUAUGGCCCACCUUGAUGGCCAUGGUAUAGAGGGUGGUAUCACCAAUAUGCUUGCUUCAAUCUUAACACUCAGUACUGGAUGCAGUGAGGGCAGACUAGAAUUACACAUAUUUGGUGGCUUCUGUGAUAGCCGAGGAGAAUCAAUAGAGAUUUCAGCAAAUGUUUUCAGUAUAUUUCACAAAUGUGUACAUGACAUUCACCUUGUUACAGCUUGCAUGUCAGAAUUAAAUGAUACAGUGAAGGAUGGGAUACAUUGGCCAAUACUUUAUGGUGUGGCUGUUAAUGUCAAUAGCGGGGAAAUCUUCCCAGCAUCCUUUGCUGACAAAGGUCCUGACAAGCCACUUAGAAGCGUCUACACGCUGUUUGGUAACCAUCAUAUGCGUAAUGUUUAUGAUCACACUAGUGGACUCCAUGUGAUCACUCCGUUCACCUACAGGGCUAUGCCUUACAUCAGUAACUGGCUGCUACAACCAGAUUCAUUUAUCCGUGAGCAUCUGUCGACAUCACCGGAGGUUGAGCCUCCAUACUUUGAGGAAGGUAUCCGUGAUGCCAUCCGAUGGGUCAUGAAUCACCCCCACCCCACCCUCACUGUCUUCCCUGGUAAUAAACCCAGGGUAUAUACCAAGAACCAAAAUGGAUUAUGGGUAGAUUACUCCCAGGCCCCUGAUGAUCGGUCAUCAUCGAUGUCCACAUCGUCAUCGAUGUCGUCUUGAUAGCAAUGGAAUUAGUCGGCUGCCACAAACAUCUCAUAGAAUUAUGUAAACCUGUAAUUUGUCUGAUAAAAGGUGUAUUUAUUGAAAUAUGUAUAUUUAAUAAUGUAUUUGAAUAUAAACCAAAGUUAUUUUAUUUUUAUGUGUUGGAUGUCGAUAGUUAUGUUCAUUAUUGGGUAGG